AUGUCCUUCUCGAUGUCACCGCCGGCGCAGAAGCCGCCGCCCUAUCCGCCAUACCAGCAGGCAGCUUCUCCGCAGGCCCAGUCGCCGUAUGCUCCCCCACCAGCGAAGCGACAACGGCUGUCGCCCGAUGCGAGGUCGCCGCAGGGUGCAGCACCGCCGUAUGCGACGACGCCUAAUGGCAUGAGCGGGUAUGCAUAUGGCCAACCCGUUCACUCACCAUACAGUCCCUCGACAAGCUAUGCUGGAUCGCCGCAGAACUCUUUCAACACUCCACAACCGUACCAGCAGCCGAAUCUGCCAUGGCAUCAGCAACCUCAGCCGCCUCAGCAACGCCCGGCGCAAAGCAGUCCGCCCGCGCAGAAUAAUGAUCGAGGCCAGAUGCCGCCCCCGCCAAGGCCCGUCAAAGAAGAGAAGGAAGGAGUGGACGAGAUCAGUGACAGCUUGUUCGGCAGCGGUAUCAACUUGAAAGAUGAGGAGAACUACCUGCAUAGCACAUGGAACAACAGGCACGGCGCGAUUGAUAGCUUCGCAAGCAACCAGACCAACUCUUUCGGCUCAAGCACUAUGGGCUCCAACAGCUUCAACAUGCUCACGCAAGAAACUUCGUUCGGCAGUCAGGGGCAGAAUGGCGCGUUCGCCGGCACCAUGGGUCUGGAGCGCUCGCAAGAGCAGAUAGAGAAUGAGGCACGGCGCAAGAGAGAGCAGGCUGCGCGGCUAAAGGCGGAGAGAGAUCAAUUCCCACUGAACAACUCGUUCCUGCUUGGAAACAACGUCAGGAACCGAAUGCACUUCUUGGCUCAGGAAGGCGGAGUCAGGCUCAACGUGCAAGGAGUCUACGUGAAGAAUCCGGAGCAUGAAACGCAGACGCAGGUCAUGGUCAAUGGCGACGGUAGCCAAGGUGUCGCUGCUGUAGACAAGGCGGCGAGCAAGGUCGAGCAGGGUGCGCCGAUGGAGCACAUCAUCUCACUGCUGAGUCUUGCUGGCGGCGAGAGAUUACGAAGCUUGGUGGGCGAUGCGUAUGGCCUUGCUCGUGCACGGCGCUAUGGCGACCACGGUAGGGUGGUGCCUCCAGAGUUUGCAGAUACUGCCGAAGGUGCAGGUGACAAGAGUCAAGAUACCGUUGUGCCAGAAAGCAUUACCGGCACGCAGUGGGACAAGACGCAAGCCUCGGAGCCCGAGCUCAAUGGCGAGAUACAGACUAAUGGCGACAGGUCAACGCCUCAGGCCAUGCAGACAGUGUCAUUCCAAGGGGCCCUGAAUGCCCGACUGAGAGAGCUUGCAGAUCGUGACAGGAAGGCGGAGAAGGAAAGGCAGAAGAAAAGAGAGGCACGGAAGAAGAAGGCUGCCGAGUCGGGAGAGGGUGCUGGAACGACGCCUGCUGACUCCGGAGCUGAGACACCUGCAGCUGGCGCCGCACCAGUGGAACCCGCAGCACCUGUCAAGGUUUCUAAGAAGGAGCAAAACAAAAAGGCGAAAGAAGCACAAGCUCAAGAAGCGCAGUCGUUCCAAUCGUCCAACAUCACGGCCAUGCACGCACUUGGAAACAAGAAGAACCGGUACUCUUGGAUGACAGGUGGUGCACAGGGCUCGACCGCAAACCGAUUCGCGAAGUCAGGCGGCAGUGGCACUGCCACGCCCAAAGCGCAAAUAGAUGCGAAGCCUGCUGCAGCUGCAAAGGAGAAGGAGGCCAAGGGCCCGACCUGGGGCGACUGGAAAGAAGACAGCGUCGAUGGUCAUGGUAUACAACUCCGAGACUGGGUACUCGUUCUCGAGCGAGACGGCAAGGAGAAGAAGGCGCUGCAGAAAGCAGUCAAUAAGCUCGCCUGA